ACUGAAGAUAUUGGCCUGGCUUUAUCAGUUUCGUGAAAUAAAAAUUAAGCCAGGUCAAGUUUAGUCCACAUGCUACAAAGAAACUGAGGAAUGUAGGACAUAUUUUAAACAAUUAUAAUCUUUAUAUAAAUAUCUGCUGGUAAAGCACGGGUUGGUUGCGACAACCAAGAUAGAUCAAAAUUGCUUCACUUAGAGUUUAAAACAUCGGGAGUGUCCUAAGCAUGAACGGACAGGCGCGGAUCGAAACUGACGUGAGAGGAAUACUGUAUUAAAACAGGAUGCCUAAGUGGAGGCUUUUCUCCGAAAGCUGAGGUCCAAUCGUGAUGCCAGGGUGUUCCAGUGAGGUGUACAGAUGUAUUGUAAUCAUUUUUGUUUUCCGAUGUUUCUCAACCCGAGGUUAUAUCAAUCGUGAACGAGGUCAUCGCGUGCAUCUUACGAACUUCAUGGCCUAUGGCCGGAGACGAAACAGGAAUCGAAGAUCUUUGUAUUUUGUUGUGGAAAAAGUUUCGUGAACAGAAGCAUGAGUCUGUGGAAUAGAUCAAAACCUUUUAUUUGCUCUAAUUUGACUUUCAAUCGAUCUUUGGCCUACGCAAAUUUUCGCAAAGAAUUAGUGAAUGUCACUGGGCCUAAGUUUUUCUCCAAAUAUGGCAAUUGUCUCGUGGUUUCCAGAAACGAUGCCAACCCAGCGUCUAGUGUGGAACUGCCAAUCAAGCGAUACUCGCGGGAUGUUUUCUGUCGUCGCAUGUACCAUACGAAUCAAUUUGAACGAUAUUUAAAUCAAUCACCAGAUAGCUCCCGAGUCGUGAUUGGAGAUGAAUUUUAUAAAGAUCAAGUUGAUAAUCGCUUUAUUGUGUUGGGUAAAAGUGUUUUACGGGGUGUCUUGACAGAACACUUUCUAAAGACCUACCCAUAUGUUAGUGCAUUGGAUAUCGUUAACUUAGUUACACACGUGACGAUGGAGAUUUUGCCACUUAUAUUGUCUACAAAUGCUGCUUCAAAUGAGAGCAUUUAUAGAAAAAGGGCCAAUAUGUAUCUAGAAAUUGGUCGCUAUUUUGAAGAAGAAGGGAAGGACUUUAUUUUUGAGAAAUUAAUUUCCCUUCUAUCUGAAGAAUUUACAAAAUCAGAGAUUAAAACAUAUAGCAAACUGGCACACCCAGGAGUUUUGUUGAAGGAAAUAGCUGCGAAACUUGACUUACAGCUUGAAGUGAGGCAAGCAGGUAUAAAAAAAGUGGCUGUUUAUGUCAACGAAUCAUUAGCUGCAGAAUCAACAGCAUCUAGUUUAGAAAAAGCCGAAUAUGCUGCUUGUUUGGAAGUUAUCAAGAAGCACUACAUGAAUGAGAUUGCCAAUGUUGAUCCAGGAGAUGCUGAUAAUUUGCUUGCAAAAGAUUUCAAAGGAAAAUUGGAUGGACAAAGAGUUGUUGAAUUGACCAAAGAAACUGAUGAAACCUUUGGGUUGUUUCUCAAAGGUGGUGAGAAAGCAAAAAUUCAAACAAAGAAAUUUUGGGAAUACCACUUCAUUGAACCAGUGUUUAUAAACAAGAUUGUUGAGGGCAGUCCAGCUUCCAUGAGUGGUCGUUUGCAAGAAGGUGAUGUCAUAUUGGCUGUUGGGGAUUUCACUCUAAAAGGUGUCCAUUUGAAAAAUGCUGUAUCCAUAAUCAACGAAGAGGACACUGUCACCCUAACAGUUAAAUUUGAUCCUCAGAUCAAAAUAAGAAACAAAAUAAAAACAGAGUUUAUUGAAAGGGAAAAGAAAGCCUUCAAAGAGACAUUAAAAUCUGAUGAGUGGAGAAAAUGGCACGAAGCUAGUGCUGAAAAGAACCCACAAAAGUAUCUUAAAGUGACUUGAAAAUGUUUGUUCUAAACCACAGUUUUGUUGCAUCCUUCUUCACUGUGACCUAUAAGAUGUUUCUUAAUUAUGCUCAUGUCUUCUUUGCUAAUGAUUUAUUCUCAUCCUUCAGUAAUGUACAAAAGUACUUUAUAGGUUUGAUAUGACAUGAGUGUUUUGGUAAUUUUGGUAAGGUAAAAUAUUUUGCAGUAUUGCAACCAUUUUGGCUUCAAGCUGUUAAACACUGUUGCUCACCAAGUAUAUUUGACAUUUUUGGCAACCAUUGUUUCUAUCUUUGUGCCUAUCAGUUUCUAUCUCUGAACAGCAUCCAGUUGUCAAUAUGAUAGACCCCAUCUCAAAAUCCUGAGAGGGCCUGGGUUUUCACUGUGGAAUUUAGAAAGAUUUUGAUUAUGUUCUGAAAUUUUUUUACCUCUUUUCAACAUAAGAUCUAUAUGAUCUUUUGCAUAUCAAUAACUCACCAUUGUCAUUGUAGUGGAUCUGGUUGCUCUUCAUUCCCCAGACUUCAUCUUUUUUUGGAUAUAUUAAAAGUAAAGUGUAUAAUUUGCCACAUUAUUUUUUGCACUUCCAUUUCCCUUAUGGUAUCAUUGUGUGUAUUAUGAUUAUUGUAAAUUCUUGUGAGCAAAGCAAUUAAGUGAUUUGAAGUAGUCAUUAUGCAGUUGAACUGUAUGGAUGAUCAUUUGCACCCUUGGACUCCAUUUGCUUUUUUUGCAUAGAUCAGCAGCACUGAUUGGGCUAUUUUGAUCCACAGCUGGGAAUAUGUAUUUCUUAGCUUUGGGGCUUUUGAUCUAUGUUCUCAGGUUUUAGACUCCUAAGAGUGUCAGACAAAAAUAUUUAGAAUGUUUGGAAACAUUGCUUUUCGCAGCCAUUUUUAACAAAAAAAUAGUUAAAUGAAUUCAGCAAAAUUUGAAGAUGGCACAAAAUAGCUGUUGAAAUUGCAAUUUUGGUACAAUAAAAACACAUCCAUAAAGCCCCGUUAAAACGCUCUCAACAUUUCACUGAACAUCGCUCAACAUUUGUACAGUGAUGUUUAGUGAUGUUUAGUGAUGUUGAAUUGGGGUGUUAAAACGCUCUCAACAAUUCGACGCAACAUUCGUUGAGCGGUGAACUUCGGACUCUCAGAGAUCCAAGACAAGUUUGGAAGAUGAACUUCGGAUACUCUUUUGCUUUAACAGUAGCUGCCUGAUGAUUUCCUAAGGUCAGGAUAUUGGUCUUGCAACAUGCUCUGAAUUGCUAUCUCAUCCGAUUUGCUUUCACUGCCAACUGUUUCCAAGCGUUUGUCAUGGUGUGCCAUUACGAUUUAUAAAAUUCAACUUCUCUCAACCUCUUGGUCUGAUCUGAAAUCUUGACACGCUGAAGCCUUUCUUUGGCGCGCAAAAUCCAAGUCUAGUGCGCUUGCGCUGACUGAACAUUGUUGUAUGGGGUGUUAAAACGCUCUCAACAUCUCUCAACAACACCUUUAACAAUAGAAAUGUUGAGUCGACCCGCUGAACAUUUUUGAAUCUGUUCAAACUCCACUCAACAUCGCUGAACACCGCUCAACACCACUCAACAUCACUGAACAGGGUGUUAAAACGCUCUCAACAUUUGCACUCUACAAAUGUUGAGCGAUGUUCAGUGAAAUGUUGAGAGCGUUUUAACGGGGCUUAAG